GUUGCAUCAAAACAGAAGAAAAAUAAACAUUAGAAAUGGCAUCUGCUACAAAACAGGGAGCAGCUAUGCUUCGAGGAUUUGUAAGAAAAACUCGCUUUGAUACUGGAUUAGGAGCUGAACUUCCGCCGGCAUAUAGAAAAUUUUGGAAAGAAUGGAAGGAACAACAGCCUGCAGCUGUUCAUUAUGUACCAAAAGAAGGCAUGUUUGAGCGCAAAGAAGAAACUGGAGAAGUGCAUCCUGUACAAAAUGUUCCACUUCCAUUAAAAUCUGUAGACGAAGAAAAUUAUGGAUUAUGGGGCGGUGAAGCAAUUAUUCAAGGCUUUACUAAAAAAAAGUUAAUGUCUCAUCGUGUUCCUCGAUUUUGGGUCCCAACUCUCAAACGUUCUGUAGUUCGCAGUGAGAUUUUGGAUGAAUUUUUCUCAGUUACUGUAACUGAACGUACUAUCCGUUUAAUAUUUGAGUAUCGUGGACUUGAUCAUUACCUUUUAAUGUCACCAGCAUGUGACUUACGAUCAGUACUAGCAUUGAAAAUUAAGAGAAGGAUUCUUCAAGAUAUUGUUAAAGGAAUUCCAGCUUGGCAGAUUAAUCCAGAAAAACAGAAAGAGCUAAUGAAAGAAUACAGAAAAUAUCUUGAUCAAUACACAGCAGAAGAAAUCGAUUGGUACGGAUUGACAUGGAUGGAAGCUAUUAACAAGAGACGUAAUGAAAUAAAUGCUGAAAAUCCAACAGUUCCUCACAAAAUAAUUUUCCGUCAAAAGUUAAUAGAGCAACUUCGAGAAGCUGGAAUUAAAGAAGUUACAGGAGAAAUGGAAGAUACAAAGGACACAUCGUGGUUGAAACGACUAAAUCCAUUUGCGAAAAAGGAAUUUUAGGAAGCAACAAUUAUAGGAACUAUGUAGUAUAACAAAUUAUUCGUGAGCCAUCUUUCAGGAAAAAUUUAUUAAAAGUAAAUUAGACACAAGAACCAGCAAUGAAAUAAAACAAUUAGUCUUAU